CAAGAUGCAACUGCUCCGGAAAUAAACAUGAUGGUUGCACUUUUGCGCUCAGCUUGCUGGGUAAAUCAGCCGCUGCAUAAGUGAAUGGUGAGAGAAGGAAACUUAAACAUAGUGGAAAAAGGCAAAUAUAAGUGAAGGUGAAUUUUGUGUGGGGAUUCUAAUUGUAUUUUGGAGACGGUCUGGGAUACAGUGUGGUGACGCUGAUUUGACGUUUUCCAAGUUUCACAGAAUGGAGCAGAAUAACAGUUUGCCGCCAUAUGCCCAAGGGUUAUCUUCUCCUCAGGGUGCGAUGACUCCUGGCAUCCCUAUUUUCAGCCCUAUGAUGCCUUACGGCACAGGGCUUACUCCACAGCCGGUUCAGAGCACAAACAGCCUCUCCCUGUUAGAAGAGCAGCAGAGACAGCAGCAGCAGCAGCAGCAGCAGCAGCAGUCCACAUCCCAGCAAGGAGUUGUCCAGGUGUCAUCUGGCCAGACCCCACAGCUCUUCCACUCCCAGACUGUUACCACGACUGGUCUGCCAGGCACAACACCCCUCUACCCUUCAACCCCCAUGACUCCCAUCACCCCUGCGACUCCUGCCUCCGAGAGCUCAGGCAUUGUUCCACAACUACAGAAUAUUGUCUCCACUGUAAACUUGGGCUGUAAAUUGGACCUGAAAACAAUAGCACUUCGUGCCCGAAACGCUGAAUAUAACCCAAAGCGUUUUGCUGCUGUCAUUAUGAGAAUUCGAGAACCAAGAACAACAGCACUUAUCUUCAGCUCAGGGAAAAUGGUGUGUACCGGAGCCAAGAGUGAGGAACAAUCCCGUUUGGCAGCUAGAAAAUAUGCCAGAGUUGUCCAGAAAUUAGGUUUCCCAGCAAAGUUCCUGGACUUCAAGAUUCAGAACAUGGUGGGAAGCUGUGAUGUGAAGUUCCCAAUCAGACUAGAAGGGUUGGUACUGACACAUCAGCAGUUUAGCAGUUAUGAGCCAGAGUUGUUCCCAGGGUUAAUCUACAGAAUGAUCAAACCCAGAAUUGUACUGUUAAUAUUUGUGUCUGGAAAGGUCGUACUUACAGGUGCAAAGGUCCGAGCAGAGAUUUAUGAAGCAUUUGAAAACAUCUAUCCAAUUUUAAAAGGUUUCAGGAAGACCACGUAACCACUUAGAUAAAGAGGACCUUUUUUCAAAUUAUAAAAAUGACAGUCCAGUAACAUUCAUACACCAAUGCCAGGGAAGAGACAGGCUGGUAUCAUGGUACUGAAGCUGCCUAUGGUGUGGAUUUCCCUGUCCUUAUUUAGCAACUAUGUCUGCUUUUAAUUUAGAUUUGUCUUGAUGAGUUCUUCAGGAAACAAGGGGGUCAUUUUUGGUGUUUUACUUAUUUUAGCUUUUUAAGAUUUAUUAUUUUUUGUAUUACAUUUUAAAUGUUUAACCCUUUUAUACCCUACAGUUCAAAUGUAGACAUACUGAUAUUUUUCCAACAUUCCUUUUAUUUGCAAAGUAUGAUUGAAGAUCUAUCAGACAAACUUGUUUUUAUGAGUAUAGUUUGUUUUUGUAAAAUAAAUCCAUGUCAUUGGUGGAACCUGGGAAUUUAGAAAUAUCUGCCUAUACAGGGGACAGUGUCUCCAUAUAUUGUAUGUUUUAAAAGGGCCCUCUUGCCAGAAAAUGUAAUAACAGUGAUUUAUUUUAAUUACUUUUAUAUGUUCAUUCCAGUGGUGUUUUGGUUCUGGAAACUAAAGCCUAAUUUUUCAAACUGCAAAUUGCUCCUGUAUGUCCAGAAGCUGAAGACAGCCCCAGCCUUGCCUGGUCCCUACAAGUUUCCCACAAUCAGAUCUGUACAUUGUGAUGCAUGUUGGGGAGUGCAGCUAACUGUACGUAGGUGGAGACUGGUCUUUCCAGAGACUCAAACAGUUAGCAUAUUUAGUGCUAUGUUCUUGGAUAACUGAAUGAACCAAAGGCAUGUGUGAGUUUGGAUUAAAUAAAGUACCAUGUUGUAUGUUUACACUGCAUAAAUUAAUCUGUCAUUGGUUUUAUAAGUUUCUCACAGCCCAGUUGAAUCCUUAUGUCUCAAACUUUGGGUCAUGUUGAGCUUUUGUUUUUUUGUAUGCUUCUCAAAGACAAUGUACAUGCCUUCAAUGUACACCUGAAAUGUGUGUUAUUACAUUUUUUGAACAUGUUUCUACCACUGCCAUUAUUCAAUCUUUACUUACUAGUUCUGUGGUGCUGCCUGCAGUUACAGAGCCCACGGGGGACAGACAGACGGACGGACGGACUGACUGAGCGAGCCGUAUCGUGCUGUAAUCUGUAGUUUUGUAAUGCACCAAAGGGCUACUAUAGAGUAUAUAUGUACUUAUGGCUACCAAAUGUGCUGUGUAUCCACUUACAAGCCACUGGCAGUUGAUCCAUAGUUGUAUGCAUUUGCUUCUCAAGUAUCCCUUGUAUGCAAUUGAGAAUAAUCAAAAUAAUGACACUCUGAGCAACUGUGUUGGUAUGACCAUAAGAUAGUCAGAAAAUGUUGAGGUAGAUGGCCUCUUCAGUAAGAGCUCCAGUUGCUAUUCUGUAUUUCUGUCAAAAGUUUGAAAAAGCUGUUCUGUACAAAUUCAUUCAUUGCUGAUCAAUUAAUUACUUCUGUAACAAUGGUUAUAUGCAUCAGUAUUUGUAGUUCAGAAAUGUUUUUGGCUUUAUAUUUGGCAAUAAUGUUUCACUUUAUUUGGAAAUAGAUUAUCUGCUUCAGUUCCAGUAUGUCAUUUGUUUGGAGAAAUUGUAUAGUUACUAACCUGAACCUAGCAAAACAAUUAUUUGUAUUAAAGGUGCAGUGUUACAAAAUAAA